GAGCGGCGGCGGCGGGCGCUGGGGCGGUAGCGGCGUGGAAGGAGCGGAGUCUCCGCUGCCGUGCAGGGACGUGUCUCUGGCGGCCGGGCGGAGCCGGUUCCGCGCUCGGCGGAAACAAGAGACGGGAAAGGAAGGGAGCGGCAGUAGGAACCGGUAUCAGCGGCCACCAUUAGCGGCGGCGGGAGAAGGAGGAGCAGCAGCAGCUGCCGCCGCGGGGGUCUGCGGGCGGAGCGGAGCCCGGGUGCCGCCGCCGGCAGCGAGCGGGAGUGUGCCCGCCGCCUCGCCCCUCUGUUCUGUCGGGGGCCGCCGUUGCCCGCCAGGGGCUUCUCGGGAGCCGGGGCGAGAUGGAGCAAUUAUCAGAUGAAGAACUUGACCAUGGUGCAGAAGAAGAUAGUGAUAAAGAAGAUCAGGAUUUGGACAAGAUGUUUGGGGCCUGGCUGGGGGAACUGGACAAACUCACACAGAGUUUGGAUACAGACAAGCCUGUGGCACCGGUGAAGAGAUCACCCCUCCGUCAGGAAACCAAUCUUGCCAACUUCUCAUAUCGCUUCUCCAUGUACAAUUUGAAUGAAGCCCUGAAUCAAGGGGAGACUGUGGAUCUAGAUGCCCUCAUGGCUGAUCUCUGUUCCAUAGAGCAGGAGCUCAGCAGUAUUGGGUCUCAUUCAGCAAACAAUGCUGCAGUGAAACGCCUUGCCACAGAAUCCAAAGCUCAGAAACCGCCUGCUAGCCGAACUUCUACUAAGCACAGCAGCAUGAAAGGAUUAUCCUCGUCUGGUAAGGUGACUAAACCAUCACAUGCCAAUGUAUCUUUGGAUGACAUCACUGCACAGUUAGAGAAGGCCUCUUUGAGCAUGGAUGAGGCAGCCCAACAGUCUGUCGCAGAAGACACCAAACCAGUAGUUACUGCUCAGCACAGGAGGACAGCAUCUGCUGGCACAGUGAGUGAUGCUGAGGUGCGCUCAAUCAGUAACUCCUCCCGUUCCAGCAUAACCUCUGCAGCUUCCAGCAUGGACUCCUUGGAUAUCGAUAAAGUGACAAGACCUCAGGAACUGGACUUGACAUCACAAGGGCAACCAAUCACUGAGCACUCCUAUUUGGACAGGGAAACCUCCCUCCUUCUGAGAAACAUUGCAGGAAAGCCUUCUCAUUUGCUGACCAAGGAGGAGCAGGCUGCUAAACUCAAAGCUGAGAAGAUUAGGGUUGCAUUAGAGAAGAUUAAAGAGGCACAAGUCAAAAAGUUGGUGAUCAGAGUCCAUAUGUCUGAUGACAGCUCAAAAACAAUGAUGGUGGAUGAGAGGCAGACAGUGAGACAAGUAUUAGACAAUCUGAUGGACAAAUCGCAUUGUGGUUACAGUUUAGACUGGUCAUUGGUGGAAACCAUCUCUGAAUUGCAAAUGGAAAGAAUCUUUGAAGAUCAUGAAAAUUUAGUUGAAAAUCUUCUUAACUGGACAAGAGAUAGUCAAAACAAACUUAUGUUUGUGGAACGUAUAGAGAAAUAUGCACUUUUCAAGAAUCCCCAGAACUAUCUUCUGGGGAAGAAAGAAACCUCUGAGAUGGCAGACAGGAAUAAGGAGGUGCUGCUAGAGGAAUGUUUCUGUGGAAGUUCUGUAACUGUGCCAGAGAUUGAGGGAGUUUUGUGGCUGAAAGAGGAUGGUAAGAAGUCUUGGAAGAAACGUUACUUUCUUCUUCGAGCUUCUGGAAUCUACUAUGUCCCUAAGGGGAAGGCAAAGGUCUCACGGGAUCUCGUGUGCUUUCUACAGCUUGAUCAUGUCAGUGUUUACUAUGGACAGGACUAUCGGAACAAAUACAAAGCACCCACAGACUAUUGUUUAGUGCUCAAGCAUCCUCAGAUCCAGAAGAAAUCCCAGUAUAUCAAGUAUCUUUGCUGUGAUGAUGUAAGAACUCUACACCAAUGGAUCAACGGCAUCCGCAUUGCUAAGUAUGGGAAGCAACUAUACAUGAACUAUCAGGAAGCACUGAAGAGAACAGAAUCAGCAUAUGACUGGACUUCCUUGUCUAGCUCCAGUAUCAAGUCAGGCUCCAGCUCAUCUAGUUUGCCAGAAUCUCAAUCAAAUCAUUCGAAUCAGUCUGACAGUGGAGUUUCUGACACCCAGCCAGCUGGUCAUGUCCGUUCCCAAAGUAUUGUCAGCUCCAUGUUCUCCGAGGCCUGGAAACGAGGCACUCAACUGGAGGAAUCCAGCAAGGCCCGAAUGGAGCCUGCAGGCCGGCCCUUCAUGUCUGCCGCACCCUCCGUGUCCCCACAUACCAAAGUGGCAACCCCCUACACAGCCUCGCAGCCGUCCCCCCCGCUGCCCCCGCCGCCUCCCCCCCCUCCUCCUCCUCCGCCGCCCCCCCCUCCACCGCCGCCCCCCCUGCCCAGCCAGGCCGCCCCGUCAGCGGGCUCUCCCGCCACCAUGUUUGUCAAGUACAGCACCAUCACGAGGCUGCAGAACGCCGCCCAGCACGGCGGGCCCUUCGCCAAGCCCCCCGCGGCACUGCAGGGCCCCCCGCCCUCGGUGAAGCCUCAUAUCCCGGUGCCCCCCAACGGGGUCAUGCCGCCUCCCCCGCCUCCUCCACCACCUCCCACUCCGGGCUCUGCCAUGGCGCAGCUGAAGCCGGCACCUUGUGCCCCCUCUGUGCCACAGUUCACGCCGCCACCACCACCCCCCAAAAUCCAUCAGGUUCAACCAAGCGUAAGCCAGGCCACUGCCACCUCCUCGCUGCCACCGCCGCCACCGCCUGUGCCUGCCCCACCACCGCCCCAGGCACCCCCAAAGCCUGUCAUGGCAGCUCUCCCCCCACAGCCUAGUGGGAAGGCAGCGUCACCGGGGGUCACACAUGUCACCCCCCCUCUGCCAGCUCCCUUACCCCUUGCAAUAAAGAAACAACCAAGUGUCACCUCUCCCCAGGUGCCGCCACUGCCCCCAGCCCCUCCUGGCCCUACUCCUCCCCCUACAUUCCCAAAGCAGCAGAGUUUCUCUGUGAAGCCUCCUCCAUCCCCUCAGUCCCCAGUGCCAUCGGUGGUGAAACAGAUAGUUAGCCAGUUCCCACCUCCUCCCACCCCAUCUGCCACUGAGCCCCAGCCUCUAAAGCCCCUUCCGCUGAGCGUGGCUCCACAGUCACCUCCAGCAGUGAAGGCAAAGCCCAAAUGGCAGCCUACUUCUGCUCCCUCACCAGAUUUCCCCCCUCCUCCACCAGAGAGCAGCUUAGUGUUUCCUCCUCCACCUCCUUCCCCAGCUUCCUCUGCAGGUUCUCCUCCCCCUGACAGAUCAGGGUCUCCAGUCAAAAAGACCAGCAAGACAUCAAGCCCUGGAGGGAAGAAACCACCUCCAACACCUCAGCGAAACUCCAGCAUCAAGUCCGCCAGCUCCACUGAGUACCAUGAGUCCAAGAGACCUUCAGUGGACCGCCUUGUCAGCAAAUUUGCACACCCACCAGAGCCGUCAGGGUCUCCUUCCAAGGAGUCAUCGCCUCCUGCAGCCCCUCCAAAGCCAGGAAAGCUCAACCUUUCUGGGGUGGGCCUGCCCAUUGUCCUCCCGCAAGGAGGGAUCCCACCCAAGCCUCCUGCUCCGGGUGUGUCUGAGAAGGAACCUGUGGUUGAAUUCCCUUCGCCACCAUCUGAUUCAGACUUUCCACCACCACCACCUGAAAUAGAUCUUCCUCUCCCGCCGGUUGAGAUCCCAUCCGUGUUUUCAGGCAGCACCUCCCCAAAAGUCGCCGUUGUCAAUCCCCAGCCUCAGGUGUGGUCAAAACCACCCGUGAAAAAGGCCCCGCCACCCACACGCCCCAAGCGGAACGACAGCACUCGGCUGACGCAGGCGGAGGUUGCGGAGCCACCGGGGCCGGCUGCCCUUCAAGUGCCCACUUCUCCCAAGUCCAGCCUUAGCGUUCAGCCAGGAUUCCUGGCAGACCUCAACCGGACGCUGCAGCGGAAAUCCAUCACCCGGCACGGCUCCCUCUCCUCCGCACGGAUGUCCAGAACAGAGCCCACGGCUACCAUGGACGACAUGGCCCUGCCUCCACCUCCGCCGGAGCUGCUGGCGGACCAGCAGAAGACGAGCAGCUUUGCGGGCGGUCAUUUAUCCGGCUAUGCAACGUUGCGGAGGGGGCCACCCCCUGCGCCUCCCAAAAGAGAUCAGAACACCAAGCUGUCGCGAGACUGGUAACCACCCCCCCGCGGCCGGUGCUCUCCGUGACUUGUGGGCCGCUCCGUGAUCAGCCAACCUGUGAUCUUGCGCACUUGGAGAGGAUGUGGGGAUGUGGAUGACAGCCCCAUCAAAAGAGGUGAUCUCAAACUGUGUAGCUAAGGCUAAAUGUAAAGACAUUCCCCUUUCAUGGCUAGGCCAAAAAAGCUGGGGGCUUGGGGUGUCGAUAUUUUAUUGGGAAAGGUGGAUAGAGAAGCAUUGACUUACCCUUUCAAUUUCUUUUACCCUUCAUACAGAUUGGACCAAACCCCCAUUUUCUUACUUUUUCUGCAUUUAGGGGAGGGGGGGAGAUAGAUAAUUUUUUGUAAUGUCUGUCCACGUGAGACAUGUUUGUGCAUGUAUUAUAAGUGUAGGUAUAUAAUAUAUUGUGGUAUAUUUCGUCGCAAUUACAGAAGAUAACCAGAAUGUUUUUGUAGAACCGUAUUUAUUGUUUCAGUCACUAUAUUAUCUGGAAUCGGACUCUGUAACUAGUCAAAUCUUGCCACAAAGAUGAAGAUAUAGGGGGCACUUUAAAGAAAGGAAGACAAACAAACUAAAAAACCCCCCACAAACCUCUUGGCAGUUUGUGGUGGGUAGUUGGUGCGGAGCUGAAGUGUUCUGCUGGUAACUGUACAUUGUCUAUUGAUUGAAAAGUACAGAUGCAACAUACCAAAACAUUCUGGUCAUAAUACUACUGAAGAUGAGUAUGUUCUGCAGAAGAAAAGAGAUUUUAUAUAUAGUGGGCUGGAGUGAAAUAUAUUUAUACUAUAAAGAGCCUCCCCCUCCCUUCCAAAUAGUUUAAAAAAUAGACCCUGCUACAAAUCAUUUCAAAGUUAUUUCUCCAUGCAGUAAAUAGGAUAAAUAUGUAUUAUUCCAAUCCAUUAUGCAUUCUAACUUUCUAGUAGGCUCCGUCACUUCUUUCUAUGGCUCAAGAUAAAUAUAUUUGUGUUAACCCCUUCUGAAAGCUGCCAGGACACCUGCAAUCGAGGCUGACCCCCAAGGCUGACGCGUGCCGAUACAUCGCUUGUACAUGUAAUUCUUUCCCUGAACGACCAGGUAGGUUUCUGUAGAGCAUUAUGUUCUUGCACAAGCAUAUGCAGCGUACAGUCUCACCUUGUCUGUGCCUGGUGGGUUGUCUGUACAAAACCGAGUUUCUGGAAACAUUUAAAGUUUUUGUAAUUCAUUAGAAACUGUCAGGAUGUUUCCCCUUCUAGAGAGAGGGGAGUGCUAAUUUUAGACCAGCACAGUGGAAAUUCUUUCUCUUUUCUUAGACCCGCCGGAGACUGCAACCAAUGCAUAAACCUGUUAAUUACCAAGUUGCACUUGUAGCAGUCAAGGGAGAAGACUGGAAAAAACACAACCUUGAGAGGCAAUAACAUUUGCUAAUCAUUUAAUUUAAGGGCCCAUAUGAGUAGGAAAUAGACUGUUGUAUUUGCUUUGGGUUUUGUUUGCCACCGAUGCACAGCCAAUCACCAGAUCAAGUCCUAGAGCCCUUUUUCUUGUACUUGAGUAGUUUCUGAUUGUACAGUCUUAGGCACAUAUCUGGACGUUGCGAUACGGCAGUGUAGCUGACGUAAGUGGUCAGUUGGUCUUAUGUAUCAUGCAUGUUCAUUACAGGGUAGUGGUACACAACCUUUGUAAAGUAACUGAAAUACUUGGACUGUACCUGCUCCAUCUUUGGCUGUUACAGCUUCCCUCGUCAGCAUGGGGACACUGUCAGGGCUCAGAUGGCAAAUGAUUUCUCUGGUGGUUUAGCUUUUCUCCAAAAGCAAAUGUUAAGUGUUUUCCUUCCCCCAAAGAUUGAAACAAAGGAAGUAGCUUGACUUGACAGCAUCCUCAAGUGUGUAAAAAAAGAUGUAAACUUCUCUCUCAUUAGAGUAAUUCAGGCUGAUAGAUUUUUAAGAAAUAUUGUGACAGUGUCCCUCAUGCCUUUUUUUUUUUUCUUUAAUAGAGUGUUUUUUUAAAAAUCCAAAUAAUAAAAUAAAUGUCUUUGUGAAUGAAUACUUUAUGAAUAGGAAAAAGCUUUGCUAAUCAGAGGGUAAAAAUGACCCAGCUAUAACUAUAGAGUUUUAAAUAAGUGCAUCUUGAAAAGAGAUAAAUUAAUGGUGCUGUCUCUGCUGAUGUUUCAUGAUUUUUAAAAAAUCUGUUUCAGCACCUCUGGAAAUCGUUUUACUAUUUCAGACUAGUUUUUUUGAGCAAUAAGAGUAUAUACCAUUGUGUGCAUUUUUAAAGCACUGCUAUGGAAAGGCACUUUUUUGUAUCUUUCAAAUUGUUCACAAAGUUUUGUUUCUACUAUUUUUGUGCUUAUAAAGUGUCCUUAAAGGCAUUUGCAUUGUUGAUUUAAGCACGCUCAGUGUAGCUGGCGAGCAGCUCCACAGGAAGGUUGCUGAGCAGCUACACUGCAGCUGAUGGUGCUGUAAUUGUCAACGCUGGUCCUCCUGCUGCUUUGUGCUGUACACAGCUCCAGGGCUCAUACCCACCCGCAGAGCCAGAGGUGCACAGCUGGAGCCGAAACUCCCAGGGUAGGUGAGUGGCCACAUCUCCGGCUCCCUGGCAAGGGGCACCCGGGCUGAUGCAGCGUGCUGCCGGAUGCGAGCAGCCAGGGAAUUCUGCUUGCACCAUCUGUUUUUCUUUACCCCGAGACAGCUCCACUGGUGUGUGUUAGUUCCAGCCCUUUUGCUUUUGUUCAUUCAGUGUGGGUACCUCUGGGCUUUGGACUCGGCAGAGCAAUGUUUUGAGUGCAAUUUCUUCAGAGGCAUUUAAGCUUCGUUCUCAUUUUCCUGUGCCCAAGUUCAUUACCCAGUAUCUCUCCGUAGAUAAUGAAUCCUUGCUACUACUGCAGGCUGCUGCACAGCUUGCUGGGAGACAGAAGUUUAACUCUUUCUUAAGUCUGCAGCAAAAAUAACGAGCAUCAGCAAAGGUGGCACCUGUGUUGCUUCUUGUUACAACUUCCUUCCUAAGCCAGUAGUCAUAUGGAAAUACAGUGCUCUCAGCUGAGCACUGGAAUUUUCACAACCUGGCUGCCUUUUCAGCUUAUGAGACCCCUCAUUGUAACUUGCGUUUCCAGUGUAUUUACUGCUUUUGUGACAGUAAAUAUUUAUGCCUUAUUUGCAAGUAAGUUAUUUUCCCCUGUGUGCACUGGUCUCAUAAUUGCACCGUUAUAUUUAUUUAAAUCAGAAAACAGAGGGGCCAGACCUCACACAGCAAGAAGCUUCCUGCUUCUUUUUGGCACUGUUAAAAUGAGCAUGUGAGAGCUGAGCUUUCAUACUCUGGACACAAAGGUAGCAGAUGCUUUGAUCCUAAAAUACUGAGGGGGUACAGCUGUUGUUGUGUUACAUGAUGAAGCAUAUGGCCUUUGACACUUGUUAAGGCCGGGGUGUUGGGGAAAGCCCUGCUCCUGCAGGGGCAGCUGAGAGCAUACAGCUGUGUUCAUUAAUCUGGAACAGAUUUGGUGCUCAUUUCCUCUCUGCCAUGCAGCAGUAUUGUCCAUCUCUGUGAACAGCAGGGUCCCUCCUGUUCAGGCAGGCUUCUGUGCCUGCAGCGCAGGUGCACAAAGCAGGGAGCCAGUCUUCUCAGACACUUUCACUGUAAUUCAGGUCUCGGGGAGAUGCUUUGGAAGGGAAAACACGGCUGAUACAGCAGCACUAAGCUUAUAGGAGAAAUUAUUUAAAAAACCCCAAAGAACUCUGGUUCUAAACAAACCCAGGUAACGUGUUUGAGGUGGAUGUGCCGGGGUUCUGUUUAGUCUUUCAAAACCUGUGGCUGGGGGGGGGAGAUUAAGCUCAAGUCUCACAAUAAAAUAAUCUGCUAUUUUCUGUGGAAGAGGAAAGGUCCUGCUUUGCUCCUGUGGCAAACCACCACUGCUUGCUCAACUUGGUGCAUGACCUCAAAGCCAAAGAGCUCCUCUCCUGAACAGUUUCCUGCAGGGCAACAGUGGCUGACUGACACAUCAGGGAACCAAAGCAAAGGUACCUGGAUCACUUUGGCUUCAGGUCUGAUGGGAGAGAGGGAGCAUUUUUUUCAACAAGUGCGUUUUAAGGUUUACUGUUCUGGACUAGCACAUUGAGAUGUUUUCUAAUUUCUUCUUUCUGUGCCCUUAGGCAACCAGAUAACUCAGCUCAGAGAUAGUGUGGCUAGUUUUCCUCCCAGUUAAAAUUACUUUUUCCACAGUUAAAUGAACCAAAAGUGCCAUUUCAGCAACAGAAGGGCAAAAGAGAAAUCUGGUUGUUACAGAAUACUGCAUAGAACUAAACUGUUUUACUUCAGCGGUAUCAUUGCAGGUAAAUGUUUCUUAGUCAAAAUAAAAUUAUAAGUGGGUCUUACUGUGAGUAUUACUUCAAAUGCAGAAUCAUGUUGAAAUCAGCUGCACUCCAGGAAAGCAGUAAAAAUUCCUGACAGAAGGUAGUGAUGAUGCGGCCAGAACAUGUGAGUUUGUUUUGUUUCUUCCUUUUUACAUUGUUCAGGUGUAGGUUCUGUACUUGCUCAAACAGCACUCCUCAUUUGGAGGUGAGGGGAAUCGGCUUUGAGGGAGAGGUUUUCCCAAAGCCCACUUGUGGCUCCUGGCUUUGCGUUCCCUCACACAAUCAGGACAGACUCCAAAGCAGAGAGGAUUUAACACUACAAGGGUUAGUUUCUCUUAGACAUUUCUGUAAUGUGCUGGUGGGGUUUAAGCUUAUAUUUUGGAAUUAUAAGUUUGUCUAAAGUUGAGUAAUUUUUCUUUCUGAUUUCUUUUUCUUCGAUUAAGAAAAUGCCUGUGAAGACUGACACAACCAGUGUUAUGUUGCAGGGGUCAGUGCACUCUGAUCUCUGUGAUCCAGUGAGUCACAGACUGUCUAAUCCUGAAAAGUUUAAAACAUUAAACUGCAAAUGCGGUGACAACACAUGCAUAUCCCUCACAAUGCAAAGUAACUCAUUUGCACUGAUGGCUGUUUGGUGCUCCGAGGCACGCACUCAACAGGGCAAGGACUCUGUGCAAGAGCUCCCUGGUCAUCAAUCAGAAGUGUGUAGCUGUGGUGAAGAGAUCUAGAGAAGUUAGAGGAACAGGAACUAGUGCUAUAUGCACCAUCCCUCGUGACAGGGACUUAGUGAGGGAGGAGGUUUGGUAACAGAUUUUGGAAUGCAUACCCCCCCCCCCCAUUUAAAUGCUCAGAGGUGACUUGUCUUUUAGGAGACUCGGGAAUUGAACCACCUGUUCUCUACAGUGGAAAAUAGUUUCCUCCCACCUUGCCAAAGAUGCAGUCAAAGCUAAAUUCCAGGUACUCAAGAUGUGCUUGCACCAGCCUCUGUCAGGAGCUGAAAAGCUGCUGUUCUGCAGCAGCUGUUUGGCAAGAGAACAGGGAUGCCACUGUUGGCUGUUGUGCAUCUCUUGCCUUUAAUUAGCACUGGCGAGUGGGUACCCACCUGCUGGGCAGGGACAAAGGGCAGUUUAGCAAACGAACCUGUGCCCAAGGCUCCCUGCUGCUGAUUUGGUGCAGCACUAUAACGCUUCUACUUCUAAAACGAAAACUAAAUGCUUUGUCACAAGUUGUAAUUGCAGAUCUUAGCUCUCCUUUCUAGUGGACCCAAAAUUAACUGGAGCAGCAGUUUGGUUUAUGGCUUACACUAACUGUUAGCAGCUGCUGGUGAUGUUCUGUAUAACAUGGGGGAUGCAAAUGUAAGAAAAAGUGUCAUUGCAAUGAUGAUUUGUCUGUGCAGCAAACUUGUGCUGAGUGCUGUAAAUACAUUCAUGUUUACUGCUUUAAAAAGAAAAUUGCACAUUUUAUCUUUCAAUGGGAUUGCCUCCCCUCUUCUUCCCUUUCCAAAAAGAAAAAAAAUCAAAGCUCUUUUAGACUGAUAGCUUCAGGUUGGGGGGAGCUUUGCCAUACUAUAAAUAUAUAUAAAUAUAUGUAUAAAUAUACUUUUUUAAGCAUGGGAGAGGACAGAAGAAAUACUACAUUAUAGAGUACCCAAUAUAGAUCAUUAUACAAUGGAAUAUGCACAAUCCAAUAAAGAUGUAGUUAAAUUUAA